AUGUUUCGGGGACUUUGGUGGGCCCAAGAUGGGGCGCCAGCUCAUCGCCUAAUUGAAGUCAGAGAUCGACUGAACCGAGUGUUUGGAGAGAACCACGUCAUAGCGCUAGGGCACAACAUUAAGUGGCCACCUCGCUCGCCGGAUUUGACGCCAUGUGACUUUUUUCUUUGGGGCUAUGUGAAGAACAGAGUGUUCUCCACGCCACCCGAGAAUGUCAAUGUUUUACGACAGCGAAUUCUCGACACAUUUGAUGCAUUAAAGGAACAGCCUGAAAUGAUUACACGCGCUGUGCAGGCUAUGCAAAGUCGAGCAACGCUUUGUGUUGAGCGAAACGGUGGACAUGUCGAAGGGCAUGGUCCAUGA